UCUGGACUCCGGCCGGCCACCUGCAACCUCCUGCGUCCCCUCAGCCCCUGGGCGGGCCUGGGUCCAGGCUACGGAGGAAGCCGGAGGCCUGCGUGGAGGAGGCGUCCAGUGGUGGCUCAGCAGGAACGCCCAGGGCUUCAGCACUGAUCUGAUAAGGCUGGACAUGUAGAAGCCGCCAGGCCAGCUCGGCCCUCCACACAGCUCUUCUCUCAGUCCCGGCCACCCAGCCUGGCACGAGGGAGGGUGGGAUCCAGCCGGGAAUUGUGUGUGUCAGAGCGUGAGGACGGCUUCGCAGCUCCUGUUUAUUGAGCACCUGCCACAUGCCAGGAGGCGGGCCUGAGAUGGACGAGUACAUGGAGACGCUGAAGGACGAGGAGGACGCUCUGUGGGAGAACGUGGAAUGCAAUCGGCACAUGCUGAGCCGCUACAUCAAUCCGGCCAAGCUCACCCCCUACCUGCGCCAGUGCAAGGUCAUUGAUGAGCAGGACGAGGAUGAAGUACUUAACGCCCCCAUGCUGCCAUCCAAGAUCAACCGGGCAGGCCGAUUAUUAGACAUUCUACAUACCAAAGGGCAACGAGGCUAUGUGGUAUUCUUGGAGAGCCUGGAAUUUUACUACCCAGAACUGUAUAAGCUGGUUACUGGGAAGGAGCCUACCCGGAGAUUCUCCACCAUUGUGGUGGAGGAGGGCCACGAGGGCCUCACGCACUUCCUCAUGAACGAGGUCAUCAAGCUGCAGCAGCAGAUGAAGGCCAAGGACCUGCAGCGCUGCGAGCUGCUGGCGAAGUCCCGGCAGCUGGAGGAUGAGAAAAAGCAGCUGACGCUUACGCGGGUGGAGCUACUGACCUUCCAAGAUCGGUACUACAAGAUGAAGGAGGAGCGGGACAGCUACAACGAUGAGCUGGUCAAGGUCAAGGACGACAACUACAACCUGGCCAUGCGCUACGCCCAGCUCAGUGAAGAGAAAAACAUGGCGGUGAUGAGAAGCCGGGACCUCCAACUCGAGAUCGAUCAACUAAAGCACCGAUUGAAUAAGAUGGAAGAGGAAUGUAAGUUGGAGAGAAAUCAGUCUCUGAAGCUGAAGAAUGACAUUGAGAGUCGGCCCAAGAAGGAGCAAGUCCUAGAACUGGAGCGGGAGAAUGAAAUGCUAAAGACCAAGAUCCAGGAACUGCAGUCCAUCAUCCAGGCCGGCAAACGCAGCCUGCCCGACUCAAACAAAGCCAUCCUAGACAUCUUGGAGCAUGACCGCAAGGAGGCGCUAGAGGACCGGCAGGAGCUGGUCAAUAAGAUCUACAACCUGCAGGAGGAGGUCCGCCAGGCUGAGGAGCUGCGGGACAAGUAUCUGGAGGAGAAGGAGGACCUGGAGCUCAAGUGCUCAACUCUGGGGAAGGACUGUGAAAUGUACAAGCACCGCAUGACCACUGUCAUGCUGCAGCUGGAGGAGGUGGAGCGGGAGCGGGACCAGGCCUUCCACUCCCGAGAUGAAGCUCAGACUCAGUAUUCACAGUGCCUGAUUGAGAAGGACAAGUACCGGAAGCAGAUCCGGGAACUGGAAGAGAAGAAUGAUGAGAUGAGGAUUGAGAUGGUGCGGCGAGAAGCCUGCAUCGUUAACCUGGAGAGCAAGCUUCGGCGCCUCUCCAAGGACAGCGGCACCCUUGACCAGAGUCUUCCCAGGAACCUGCCAGCUACCAUUAUCUCACAGAGCUUUGGGGAUUCCAGCCCCAGGACCAACGGGCAGGAAGCCGACGACUCAUCCACCUCUGAGGAGUCACCAGAAGACAGCAAGUACUUCCCACCCUACCACCCACCAAGGCGCAGGAUGAACCUGAAGGGCAUCCAGCUGCAGAGAGCCAAAUCCCCCAUCAGCCUCAAGCGAGCAUCUGAUUUUCAAGUCAAGGGCCACGGAGAUGACAGCACAGAUGCCAGCCCCAGCUCUGCCCACUCCCUUCCCAUCACCAGCUCCUUCUCCAAGAUGCAGCCCCGCCGGAGCCGGAGCAGCAUCAUGUCAAUCACUGCAGAGCCCCCCGGGAACGACUCCAUCGUCAGACGCUGCAAAGAAGAUGCACCGACUCGCAGUGCAGUUGAAGAAGACAAUGACAGCUGCGGGUUUGAUGCCUUGGACCUGGACGCCCUCGGUGCCCCCUGGCUUCUCCUAGGUCCUGAUGCGCCACACUCCUCUGCAGAUGACAGUCACGACCGCUACUCCUUCGGCCCUCCCUCCAUCCACUCUUCCUCCUCCUCCCACCAGUCUGAGAGCCUGGACACCUAUGACCUGGAGCAGGUCAACCUCAUGUUUCGGAAGUUCUCUCUAGAAAGGCCCUUCCGGCCCUCGGUCACCUCUGUGGGGCAGGUUCGGGGCCCGGGGCCAUUGGUGCAACAUGCGACACUCAGCGGCGACGGCCUGGUUACCCAGCUCACGCUCCUGGGAGGCAAUGCCCGCGGGAGCUUCGUCCAUGCGGUCAAGCAGGGCUCACUGGCUGAGAAGGCGGGACUCCAUCAGGGCCACCAGCUGCUGCUGCUGGAAGGCUGUAUCCGAGGCGAGAGGCAGAGUGUCCCCUUGGACACAUGCACGAAGGAAGAGGCCCGCUGGACCAUCCAGAGGUGCAGUGGCCCUGUCACCUUGCACUACAAAGUUAACCACGAAGGGUACCAGAAGCUGCUGAGGGACAUGGAGGAGGGCCUCAUCUCUUCAGGAGACUCCUUCUACAUCCGCCUGAACCUGAACAUCUCCAGCCAGCUGGAUGCCUGCUCCAUGUCCCUGAAGUGUGAUGACAUUGUGCACGUCCGUGAUACCAUGUACCAGGACAGGCACGAGUGGCUAUGUGCACGGGUGGACCCUUUCACUGACCACGACCUGGACACGGGCACUAUACCCAGCUACAGCCGGGCCCAGCAACUGCUGCUGGUCAAGCUGCAGCGCCUAAUGCACCGCGGCAGCCGAGAGGAGGUGGACACGGCACACCACACUCUGCGGGCGCACCGGAACACCCUGCAGCCAGAAGAGCCACUUUCAACGAACGACCCCCGGGUCAGCCCCCGCCUCUCCAGAGCGAGUUUCCUCUUUGGCCAGCUCCUGCAGUUCGUCAGUCGGUCCGAGAACAAGUACAAGCGAAUGAACAGCAGUGAGCGGGUCCGCGUCAUCUCUGGGAGCCCCCUGGGCAGCCUGGCCCGCACCUCUUUGGAUGCCACCAAGCUCUCAGCUGAGAAGCAGGAAGAGCUGGACCCUGAGAGCGAGCUCAGCAAGAACCUCAGCCUCAUCCCCUACAGCCUGGUACGCGCCUUCCACUGCGAGCGCCGCCGGCCAGUGCUCUUCACGCCCACCGUACUGGCCAAGACGCUGGUGCAGAAGUUGCUAAACUCAGGGGGUGCCAUGGAGUUCACCCUCUGCAAGUCAGAUAUUGUCACAAGAGAAGAGUUCCUCAAAAAGCAGAAGACAGAAACCAUCAUCUACUCCCGGGAGAAAAACCCUAAUACUUUUGAGUGCAUUGUUCCUGCCAACAUUGAAGCUGUGGCGAACAAGAAUAAGCACUGCCUGCUGGAGGCUGGGAUCGGCUGUGUGCGCGACCUCAUCAAGUGCGGGAUCUACCCCAUCGUGCUCUUCGUGCGUGUGUGCGAGAAGAACAUCAAGCGCUUCAGGAAGCUGCUGCCACGGCCCGAAACCGAGGAGGAGUUCCUGCGCGCCUGCCGCCUGCGCGAGAAGGAGCUGGAGGCGCUGCCCUGCCUGUAUGCCACGGUGGAGGCAGAGGCCUGGAGCAGCGUGGAGGAGCUGCUGCGUGUCCUCAAAGACAGGAUCGGUGAGGAGCAGCGCAAGACCAUCUGGGUGGACGAGGACCAGCUGUGAACCCUGGGUCUGAGCAGUGACGCCACCAAGCCAUACAGCCUGGACUCUGUGCCACUGUGACAGAGCCCUCCCUCCAGGGAUCCAGGGAGGAUGCCACCAGGCCCCUGACUCCUGGCAGGAGCAGGGCCAGCAGCUGCCCGGCCCAGUGUGCAGAGAUGGCAAGCAGAGGCCACGGAGUUCAAAGCCCACAGCCUGUGGCGCCUUACAAUCCACAGCAGCAGUUGAAUGUAAGUUGAGGGACUGUUGUACCACUAACAUGGUAGGGCCCUGACAGCCAGGGUAUCCACCUGCCAGCCCUAGGGUUGUACAGCUAGCUCAUCCCAGACAGGACAGGCCUGUGGGAAGGGGACAUACACUGUGCUAGUUUUCCUCUCAUAUUAAAUGUCUCAGCAUCUUUAUUCUCCAUUUCACUGUUUGCAAUUUCAUCAUUUGUAGAGGUUUAGCUCUUGUCAGCUGUCUACGAUGCCCACCC